AUGGUAGACUAUCCUGUGGACGUUGGGAUAUUGGUAUCCUAUUUUGUACUGAUUGGAGGUCUAUUAUGGCGCAUUCGUUCUCCAUUACAACAAUGCAUUCAAAGCAAGCAAUUCGGCGCAACUGUGUUUUUCGUUGGUGCCCUCGGAUCAUUUCUGUGUACCUGGUUCUAUAUGAUUAGCUACUUUGUCCACAGUUACAAGGAGCACGACACCUCGAACACUCCAGUCUCGCUCAACACCAUUUCACACUGGUUGCAUAACGUGUCUUUGUUCGACGAUGCUUGGCGUACUGUGAGCCUCGGAAAUCUUCAAUGGUUGUGGAGUCAUCAACUAUGUCUUUUUACAGUGGGUGUAUGGACACCGUUUUUAGCCGUUGAAGGUGCACGUCGCAAAAUCCCGUACCUAUGGGCAUAUAUGUUGCUAGGCCAAGUAGUUGCCAUAUCAACCGCAAGCGCCCUGUUUUUCGCCGUCGUCCUCGCAUACCCACGAACCGACCUUGCUGGACCUUCACGGUGCCUGAACACAACCCUUCUGAUUUGCAUUUUCAGCGGCAUGGUCACCGUCGUUUUGUCUCCGUUUGUGGCAGCAUCCGAAUGGUUCCUCCCUAACCUGCUCGUCAUGCACGUCCUCCUUGUGUUCCCAUUACUUCCAAGUAAACCGGCCAUCUACAGCUAUACUGAACAGACAGUCUAUGUCGCAGCUGUUUACAUGCUGAGUGCCGGCGCCAGUCUUUCCAUCUAUGUACACCAGUGGAUUACGUGCCUUGUUGAAUCGGGUAGCCUCUAUGAAACGCUCAUAUCCAUGGUCGAUGUCUUCUUUGCCCAUCCAGCCCAAUCCAGUAUCAGUUCAGAUGUUGUAUGGGUUCAAUUCUUAUGUGUGGCAUGGAUGCUUGUCGAUCGCCUGAUGAAGACUGGAACUGUCUCUUUAUCCGUUUGGACUUUAAUUGCUCUUACACCCAUCUUUUCUGUAUCGGUCACCAUGCCCAUGUACCUCGCAUUUUCCGAACUGAUGGCCGCUUCCUCCAAACAUCGUAUUAAUUAA